UGAAAGGAAGAACUUGUCACUUUGUGAUGGUUCAUGGAGCAACCUUGGGCGGUUGGUGUUGGUACAAAGUUGCAGAUCUUCUUCUGAAAGCGGGCCACACUGUAUCUUCCAUUGACAUGGCCAGCGGAGGUAUAGAUCCUACAAAUGCCGACCAGGUUUCAUCUUUACAACAGUACAAUCAGCCACUAACAGAUUUCUUCACAGCUCUUCCUUCGCAGGAUAAGGUUAUAAUGGUUGGUCACAGCGCUGGUGGCUUCAAUUUGAGUUUUACCAUGGAGCGUUUUCCAGAUAAAAUUGCUGCAGCUGUAUUUGUUACCGCCUUCAUGCCCCUCAGCGGAACAACUCUCUCUGAUAUGAUUAGUGAGGUCGCAUCCAUAGUUGGAAAUUUCGGAGACUCCACAUUUUACUAUGCAAAUGGGAAAGAAAAUACGGCCACAUCCUUCAGAUUUGGCAGCCAGUUUACGUGACACUCUUUAUCACAGAA